AUGGAGAAUACAAUCCAGAAUAAGCUUGGUCCUCCCGUUCGAAUCAACAAUCAAGAAAAUGCCCCACAGGCCAAUGUGGUGGUGGCUUUUCCUCAACUGAGACCCCUCUUCCCAAGUGACUUUCACUUACAUCAAGUUGACAGAAAACUGGCCAGCAACGGUGGUUCAAGCGAGAAAGAAACUGGAAGCUUGGGUAGAUUUAAGACAUCUUUAAGGGAAAACAUCUUGGGGAGCCCCAAGGAGCUGGUGAAGUUAAGUGUGCCAUCACUGGUGUAUGCUGUCCAGAAUAACAUGGCUUUCCUAGCUCUUAGUCAUCUGGACGCAGCAGUAUACCAGGUAGAGCAGAAUCGAUUUUUAGGCUUUGGUGCCAUAGCUAUUGCUGUAUUGUGCUCUGGAUUUGCAGUCCUUGCUAGUGUUAGAGGACUCUACACCUGUGUUGUGGUCAAGUUCAUCACAGACAACUUCAUGAAAGGCUUCUCUGCAGCAGCAGCCACUGUUCUUUCUACCAUUGCUUCAGUAAUACUGUUUGGAUUGCAGCUAACACUUAACUUGGCAGUGGGAGCUCUUCCUGUAUAUGUUUCCAUAUAUCUCUAUGGGUUACCCAGACAAGACACGACAUCCAUUCAACAAGAAGCAACUUCAAAAGAAAGAAUCAUUAGUGGUGUGUGA